GCCCUGGACACAAGCGAUGGAGAGAGCCACGAGAAACUACAUGUCUGUCAAUGCCGAGAGAGAAUGAAAUGACUUGAUUUUGAUGCCAGGACACACAGCUUAUUUAAAUAGCUACUCAAGCCCACAGCAGCAGUUGUUCUCUUCGGUUACAUAAUGGACAUGCUGAGAGUGUGUUUAUCCUGUUUUGUUAGCUGGUUCUUAUUUCUUUCUGUUUGAGUGAGGUCUAUAACACGUUCUGCUUGGACAAUGCCGUCCGAUUGGCUGAGGAUAGUGCUCAUAUUGACUUUCUGGACUCAGCUGGUCCCAUGUUCGGGUGCUGGGAAUACACGUUACCGCUACUAUCACAGGAACUGCUACACCUGCUUUGGUCGAUAUCAGGGGUACAACACAGGACAUCUGGGGGCAGAUACUGACGAGUGCCAGGUUCACAACGGAGGCUGCCAGCAUAGGUGUGUGAACACCAGAGGCUCGUACUACUGCGAGUGCAACCCGGGGUUUCGUCUGCACGUUGAUGGCCGCACCUGCAUAGCUGUCCUAUCCUGUGCAGUGAAUAAUGGAGGCUGUGAGCAUGAAUGUAGCCAACUUUCUCCAGUUCACUUCCAGUGCCGCUGCAGACAUGGGUACCAGCUCACAGCUGAUGGGAAGCGCUGUAGAAUGAGGAACCCAUGUGCGGAGAGGAACGGCGGCUGCAUGCACUUAUGUCGCAGUGAUGCCGGUCAAGCUGUGUGCAGUUGUCACCAAGGCUUCACGCUGGCCCAGGACCAGAAGAGCUGUGAAGAUGUCGAUGAGUGUGAAACGAGAUUGGCAGCGUGUGCUCACAGUUGCCGGAACACGCUGGGCUCUUUUUCAUGCAUUUGCAGUCCGGGAUACGAGCUGGGCUCUGAUGGCAGGAAAUGCUACCGUAUUGAAAUGGAGAUUGUUAAUAGCUGUAACUCAGAUAAUGGUGGCUGUUCACACCACUGUCAGCACGGCACACUUGGACCCAUCUGCCGCUGUAACCAGGGUUAUCAGCUCGCAGAGGACCUCAAAACAUGUUUGGAUUUGGAGGAAUGUGAGGAGGGAACUUCAUGCUGUGAGCAGGACUGCACAAACUACCCCGGAGGUUAUGAAUGCUACUGCAGGGCAGGAUACAGACUCAACACUGACGGAUGUGGAUGUGAUGAUGUGGAUGAGUGUCUGUCUGAUAAUGGGGGCUGUGAGCACACUUGUCAGAACACAGCUGGCUCCUAUCACUGCUUCUGUGAGUUUGGAAACCGGCUCGCUGAGGACAGACACUCCUGUAUUCCCCUGGAGAGAGCAGUUGAGGAAUUGUCCGGUCCAGUGGUGGCUGAGAGACCUCUCCUUCAUCUUACUCUCCUCCAGGACUACCCACAACCCCUGGAGCGCUUUCACGAUUAUGAGGACGAUGGCUUUGGAGAGCUGCGAGCAGAUGGCACCCUCUCUGAGAAAUUUGUGUGUUUGAAUGGGACAUUUGGCCACGACUGCAGCCUGACGUGUGACGACUGCUCUAAUGGAGGACUGUGUAACGUUGACAGAGAUGGUUGCGACUGCCCAGAUGGCUGGACAGCAAUCAUUUGUAACCAAACCUGUCCAGAGGGAACAUUUGGGAAAAACUGUUCCUUCGCUUGUAAGUGCAGAAACGGUGGCACCUGUGACCCGAUUAGCGGGAAGUGCCGCUGCCCACCUGGAGUCAGUGGAGACCUGUGCCAGGACGGCUGUCCGAAGGGACUAUAUGGAAAGCACUGCAACAAGAAAUGUAACUGUGCUAAUAACGGCCGCUGCCAUCGCACGUAUGGAGCCUGUCUGUGUGAUCCAGGGCUCUACGGCAGGUUUUGUCACCUACCUUGUCCCAAGUGGUCUUAUGGACCUGGCUGCUCAUCGGAGUGUCAUUGUGUGCAGCAGAACACGCUUGAAUGCCAUCGACAUCAUGGAUCGUGUGUGUGCAAGCCUGGCUAUCAGGGCAAGACCUGCAGCCUGGAGUGUGAUCGUGGAUACUAUGGUCCAGGAUGUACAUCAAAAUGCCAGUGUCCAGCAGGAGUGUCUUGCCAUCACAUGACUGGACAAUGUCAGCGUCAGUGCCCAGCCGGUUUUUAUGGAGAUCACUGUGACCAAGAGUGCCCUGUAGGACAGUUCGGAGUUGGAUGUUCACAGUCUUGUGAGUGUAAUGGAGCUCCAUGUGACUCAGUGACUGGAAAGUGCCAAUGUCCUGCUGGGCAGACAGGAGAACACUGUGAAAAAGAGUGUGAAGAGGGUCACUGGGGGCUGGGAUGUGCAGAACUAUGCCCUUCCUGUGAUAAUGGUGGAUUGUGCGAUCGGCAAAACGGCACCUGUGUUUGUCCACCGGGAUACAUGGGAAAUCUCUGUCAGAGUGUCUGCCCAUCUGGGCUCUUUGGCCUUAGCUGCCAGUUGCGCUGCACCUGUGAAAACAGAGGGCAUUGCCACCACGUGACAGGUCUCUGUUCUUGCAAAGACGGCUGGAUGGGACCCAACUGCGCAAAAGCUUGUGAGGCGGGACACUGGGGGCCAAACUGUGCCAACCAGUGUGACUGUGGGAGCAGCGUGGCCAGCUGUGACCCUACGACUGGACAGUGCCACUGUGAAGCAGGCUACACGGAACCACGCUGUGAUCAAAAGUGUCCAGAGGGUUUCUUUGGCCAGGGCUGUCGCCACAGAUGCCAGUGUGAGAAUAAAGCAGCGUGCGAGCAUGUGAGCGGUGCCUGUACUUGUUUAUCAGGCUGGAUUGGAACAUACUGUGAAAAACCUUGUCCGGAGGGUUUUCAUGGUUUUGAAUGCCAGCAGAAGUGCCAGUGCUUAAAUGGUGGUCGUUGUCACCCCGUGACUGGAGACUGCCAGUGUCCAUCUGGUCGGGUCGGGCCCCUUUGCAACACCACAUGUGAAGCUGGCACCUAUGGCCCUGGCUGCAGUCAAACCUGUAACUGCCACAAUAAUGCCACCUGUGACCCUGCUGAUGGAAAAUGUGAGUGUGGAGCAGGAUGGACAGGGAGCAGCUGUGAACAAGAGUGCCCAGCUGGCUUCUAUGGUGCGGGCUGCCACCAGCACUGCUUGUGCCAGAAUGGAGGGUCAUGUGACCGAAUCAGUGGGCACUGCACAUGUCUACGUGGAUGGACUGGAGUGGCCUGUGAAAAGGAAUGUGCUUUGGGACACUUCGGCGUGGACUGUCAACACAAGUGUGAGUGUGAGAACGGCGGUGUCUGUGACCGACAGAAUGGCAGGUGCUCCUGUCCCGCAGGCUGGAUGGGCUCACGCUGUGAGAUGGCAUGUACUCAAGGUUUAUAUGGUCCUGGCUGUAAGCAGCAGUGCAGGUGUGAUCAUAACGCCCCAUGUCACCACAUCACUGGCACCUGUGUGUGUCCCGCAGGCUGGAGAGGGUUGCACUGCGAGAAAAUUUGUUUACCUGGUUCAUAUGGGAAGCGAUGCGCUCAGCGAUGCCACUGUCCCCGCGGCACUUCCUGUAAUCAUGCUACUGGGGAGUGUGGCUGCCCUCCUGGAUUUACUGGUAACGGCUGUGAGCGAAUGUGUCAGUCAGGUACGUUUGGACUGAACUGUAAUCACAUGUGCCAGUGCUCUGAGGUUAAUCAGCUCUGUCACCCCGUCACUGGUGUCUGCUACUGUGCUCCAGGAUAUCACGGCAGCAAGUGUGAUACAGAGUGUGCGGUAGGCCGUUAUGGUCCCAACUGUGAGCAGGAGUGCCAGUGUCUGAAUAAAGGAGUGUGCAAGACCACCACUGGCACCUGUACAUGCCCACCGGGAUUCAUUGGACCAAACUGCAAUAUCACUUGUCCAUCAGGGCGUUACGGGCAAGACUGUGCACGAGUGGCUUUGUGUGGUGAAGGGGCCAGGAGUGAUCCGGUCACUGGCAGAUGCGUGUGCAAAGCGGGCCAGCGAGGGGAAGACUGUGGGAAAGGUUGUCCUAAGGGCUGGUUUGGUGAGGACUGUGCCCAGCGCUGUGACUGCAGUAACGGAGGACUGUGUGACGCGGUUACAGGAACCUGCACCUGUGGGCUCGGCUGGACAGGAAACAGCUGUGAUAGAGAGUGUCCCAGAGGCCGAUAUGGGGCUGACUGCAAGGAAAUAUGUGAAUGUAAAAAUCAUGGCACCUGUGACAGAGUGACGGGCGAGUGUCACUGUCCUCCUGGGUACUAUGGACAUCUCUGUGAACAUGCAUGCCCUGUUGGUUUCUAUGGACAUCGCUGCCAGCUUUUAUGUGACUGCCGUGCCAAUGCACCUUGUGACUCUGCAACUGGCCGCUGCCUCUGUCCUCCAGGUUAUCAAGGACUCCGCUGUGAUAGAGAAUGUGAUCCAGGCAAAUUUGGGCCUAAUUGUGAUCACAAAUGUGACUGUGACGGAGACACACCAUGUGACCCUGUCAGUGGCAGGUGUCUGUGUGCACCUGGGAAAAUGGGAUCUCGCUGUGAUAUAGACUGUGGAGUGAAUCGAUUUGGACCCGACUGCUCAGAGAGAUGCGAGUGUCACAACGGAGGUCAAUGCAAUCCACGCAAUGGACGCUGCACCUGUCUCAACAGCUGGGUCGGACCGAGCUGUCAAGAGGGUCAUUUCACUGGGAUCAUGUCUAGUCAGAAUACCAGCAGAAGCAAAAGGAAGGACUCAUCAGUAUAGCAAUCUCACAGUUUCAGUAACAGACACCGAAAGUUUCACUGACAGUAAACUGACCUGGCUUGAAUUUGUGAGUGGACUCUUGGCUAAAACUGAAGCCUUGUAUCUUUGAACACAAAGGGCCACCAAACUGUCACAUGACUCUGACAAGGACAAACUCUUGUGGCAGUUAAGGUGGAGACAUCCUUUAGUUAGUCAAUAAAUAAUAUACUUUCUCGUGGAAAAGUGGACAACAUGGUGAAGACUAUUCAUUUUGAAGUUCCUCCUGGAUGAGGACAUAUUCCAAGUUUUUUCAGCGUCAGUUCUGCUCAGGGAGAUUGAACUUCCUGAAGACUUCAGUUUAACUCUAAUCAAGAAAAGCACCAAAUCAAGGCCUUCGCUUCACCUGAAACUGAACUGAAUCUCAGUCACUGUGAUCUUAAACAGGGCUUAAAGGGAUAGUGCACCCAAAAAUCAGACACUUGCUAUCAUUUAAAUAACCUCAUUAUAUGGUUUGGGAUCCAUUUAACCCCUACGCUACUUAAAUGUUAAAAUUUCUUUUAACAUUUAAGUAGAAUGUUGCACAAAAUUGAGCGAAUCUGUUACUAAGGUGUAUAAAGUGUGGUGUUGAUGAUGUCCAUAUUUCAAAAUUUUUCAAGUAAUCCAAAAACAUGAAACUGGAUGAAUACUGUAUGAAUGUAAGUUUUAUGUGUGAAUUAUUGUGUACAAAUUUAUUUGAAAGAAAACUGUACUGUAAACCUUAUAAUCACUAUGAUUCCCGUUAUACUGAACCAGUGUUUUGUCCUUUUAUGGUUUUUGCUAUAGAUUUAUUUUUGUACAGUACCUUCUCUACGUAACUAUGGAUUUGUGAAGUGUGAUUUGUAUUCUCAGUGCAAACUAUGAACUCAAAGAAAAUGUAUAUUUCAAUAUUUCUGCAGCUAAGGAAUGGCCAAAGAUUUUUUUAAGCAACCCUGGCAAACAUGGUGGAUGCUUUUUCUUUGUUUUUUAAUGGUUACAUUUCUGAAAGUGUGCACGUGUUUUAUUCAUGAUUAAACGUCUCUAAGGGUUAUAGAAAUAGA